AUGUUUCGUCGUCCUCUAUAUGCAUUCAAGAUGGCGAAGAAGCUGGACAAACGCUCCAUUCGAGACAUCGGAAGACAUGUCCAUGUGCACGUGUUGGCUCGACGUAAAGGAGACUUUGGUGACUGUCCUGACAAUAUGUAUCAGACUCUGGAGAAGCAUGAUAAAGAUUCUGCAGUACAACCGCGCUCUCAAGAGGAGAUGAGUGCUGAGGCAGCGCAGUAUAGAGAAGCCAUGAAAAACGUUUGA